GCUGUUUCGGCUGACGGUGCAGGUCGUGCAGACCGGGUCGAACCAGCGAUGAACGCUGUUGCGGCUGACGGUGCAGGUCGUGCAGACCGGGUCGAGCCUCCGCAGAUGCCUCCGGAGUCAGAGAAAGACGAGCCUGAAGGUGAUAACAAAGUAGAGAAACAGGAACCUAGUAAACCUCCGGGUGAUAACAAACUAAAAACUACUGAUGUUGAUCUUGAUGUUCCUCUUUCGUCAUCUUCGAAACCUUCGAUCUCGAAACCUCCUUUUCUCGUUCCUGGCGACGUGUACGUUCGAGUCUGCUUUUUGCUGCCUUUUUUGGUCCUAGUUGGAUUUUUCCCGGAACUCGAUGUUAUGGGUUGAAACAUUUCAUUUCUAGAAGUCAUUUUUCAGUGUUUCCACCUCAAGAAGGUGAGAAAAUGGAGGCAAGAAAUGAAUUGCUUCAACCUUUAACGAUGAUAUCGUUCCAUUGGGCAGCCUGAAUACGAAUUUCUUUUCGGACAUCCUAAUGGAGGGCGGAUCUGAUUUGCGCUCAGACCUCGACAACGGCUUUGGCGGUACCAGUGAGAACGAUGAGGUAGAAUUAAGGCUCUCAGUCACCAAUUCAUACUUGACUGCAGCAUCCUUGGAGGAAAGCAUGGUGGAGUAUCGCAGGGGAGUCAAUCUCAAUACUCCCCCACACUUAAUAUUCAAGGAUGCAGUACCAGCUGAAGGAUGAAUCGCGGAGAGCAGCGCUAAGAGAAGGGCGUGCUGGUGAAGAAGAGACUGGAGUCCAGUCACAGGGUAAGGACAUCGGAGUCUUGUGGCUUAUUUUUCUUUCCGUCACACUGCUGUUCUUGUGCACACUGUGCGCUUGUGCGCGCUCUUUGCGGAUGGAAGACUCAGCCUCGCUCUUGCCGGAAAAACUUAGAAACUCAUGGUUGAUGAGCAAAGUUGUCGGGACCUCGACUGGAGGGUCGUCUGCAUCGGGUACUGGGCCAGCUGUAGACCACUCGACGUCGUCUGCCAUCAUGGACGUUCAGCCUGAAGCUGAACAGCUUGGUGCCUCAUCGGAAGUAGAUCCGGGAACUACAUCUGGGUUUGGCGAGAACAAGGCACCGUCUAGCGUGGCAGCAGGCGGUACUGGAAGAGGCACUGAAGCAGGUGUUGACGGAGCAGAUAAUGGAAGCAAAAUUUCCAUGAGCUCCACAACACCUGCAUCUUCAAAACUAAAAGACGCACAUGACGCAAGUACUAGUACAAGUGUGAAUACUACUUCUACAGCUCCUGAUGUGAAAAGGCGGCGGUCGCUAGCUCUGCGCACAGUGUUUGCGUAUUUUUUGCUGGCACUGUGGGGAAUCUUUGUCUUCACGGACAGCGAUUUCGCACCGCAUUUUCAUCAUGUGAGUGUCGGGUUACUCUUGCUGCCUUUGGGGCAGUUACCCUUAAGGAUUGAAGCAUUUCAUUCCUCAUACAAUGUACUUUAUUACAAUUAGCACAUGAUAUUCAUAUUGGAGGUCGUUGUAUCGAGAGUUGAAAUGCUUGACCAAGCUCUAAUAUCCGGUAGUUGUGUGGGCGCCGCGUGGGGUGGCUUAGGCGCCGGUCUGUUCCUCGACGGCUUGUUACGUUGGGGCUUCGAACCCAAUGGGUCGCUCAGCACCGACCAGGCAGCGACCGCAGACCCCAUUAGCAUCGCUAUCGGUACUGAUGCACCAGCUGCAACUCCUGCGGCUGCAGCAAGCGCUACUCCAACGACAACCACUGUGGCGCCCUCUCUAUCAGGCAAUACGACUGCAAAUUCAUCAUCGAACGCGACAACUGCUUCUCCGACACCUCUGAACGCGACCACGAAUAGCACAACGACUUUCAUUCCCGUAGCAACAACAUUGACUUAAGGCUUCCCCAUUUUAUAUCUUCAUGAUCUCAUUAAGAUUAAGUAGAAGCCUGCAUCUUUGAUGUCUUUCCUGCAAAGGUAAGAUGGUCAAAAAUGCGCUCUCGGAUGAAGAUCGGGAAGCAGCUCCAAUUAACGCCCACCACAUCCACUAGCACCACCACUGCAGCGGCUCCAAAGUUCCUUUUGAUCACCAUACCCGCGAUUCCUCAACCCUAUGACGCAGUAGGGGUAUACGUGAACGGGCUAUGGAGAGGAUUCAUUCGCAGGUGGGCCGCUGGACAAGAUCGCGCGAUGAUUAUCAUACUUAUGCAUGGGUAACGUCAAGCACACGAAGAGGAACCCAUGAUGUUUUCGAACUUUUGGAACACGUUUUGCUUUUGGCUAAGAACUUGAGUUUCUUCAUGAGAAAUGACUUGUUGCUUCUACUUAAAUCUAAUAGAAGCGGAGGUGUCACAGAUGGGUACACGCAUACCGUAUCUCUCGGCAACGUGGAAUUGAUGAAUCCGCGGAAAUCGGGACCGGUCUUUAUGGAUAAAUGGACUACAACUACACAGAUCCGCUUGUAGCUUGAUGAUAUCGUAUUAAAUCUGGACAUUUGUGGUCAAGUAGAAAAGCUAAAGCUUUACAGCCUACUCCUCCUGGAAGAGAUUUUACGUUCUCCCCAGUAUACUCGUCCUUAUCUUAUUCGAAAUACCUUCAUUGCUUUCGCUCCACCUUCGCGCGGCCUCAAAUUCGUCGUAGAAGCAUGAGGAGUGGUCCGGCCUGCAUGCGAAGUACAACUUAGACCUACUUCUACCUACUUAGUCGAAAAAGACGGAUAAUGUGAUCAUCAGAUUGAUGACCUUCGCAUUCCAGUGGAAGUUGUCAUUUUUCUAUGUCGUCGUCCCGUAGCCCAUUCUCAGGCGCGCUACUUUGCCUCCGGCAAUAAAUCUGUACAGUCUAGUUGUGUCGCCUGAGAAACGCCAAAGCAGCAUGAAUGUAAUUCAAAUGCGAGGAUAGUUGCACACUAAGCUGGUGUGGGGAUAUACUCGAAAUGGAUCGUGUAAAAAUGAUAAUAGGACACAGUCCCCCGUUGCCACGUCGCCUG